AAAAACCCCUCUCUCUUUUUUGCUCGUAGUUAACCUAGAAAUCAAAAUCUCAGCUUCACAUUCGUUUCGUUUAUCCGACAAAAUGGCUUCUCGAUGUCGAUCUUUGUCAAAACCAGCGUUGUCUGUGUUUAGAUCUGCAAUGAACAAGCCCUCUCUUCGUCCCAAAUCGGCUUCAUCAUUCCUCGGCGUCCCUCCUUCGCCUGGACUUUCGAGGCCAAUUGCUCAGCUGGGUUCGCUUCAAUCGUUGCUUCCAUUGUAUAGUGCGGUGGCUUCAGCUAGAUUGACUUCAUGCCUCGGUAUCGAUUCACAGAAUUCUAGGUCAUUAGCUCAGGGUAUGCUCUGCAGUGCGAAUCCAGGAGUUUGAUAUUCUUCCAAAUGUUUUGUGUUUAGUAUAUCUAGCUUGGCUUAAGCGUGCCUCGAUAACGAGACCAGACUCGAAGAAAAUGGAUUCGUUUUGAGAUCAGAUUCUCCGCAUUUUAGCUUUGGUGGUCUAAUUCAGUCACUCAGAUCAGUUUUCUGUUUUCAGGAUGAUAAAACACCUCUUCUUUCAUUACAUACAAUUAAGCAACACAAUUUCUUUUGGAACUUCCAUGUUCAACACAUGAAAAGAUUGAACAAUAACAGUCUCUUGUCUAUGUCAUUGGUGUUCCCAAGUUAUGGUUUUUAGUAUUCGAUUAUUGCCUA